CCUCAUCCUGCCUGUGUCGGUUCGAUGUUCGGGGGUUAAAUGAGGGAUAGACCCGCAUCAGGGCCGGACCGGACCGUGUGGCCUCUCCUCACCCCAGACGGACGCACGGGGGGAGUGCGCAGUGUCAGGACGCAUCAUCGCACGUCUGUUACGCACGGCGGACGAACGGAGGCUGAGCCCCGGUGGACGGGAUGCUUUGACGGGCUCGGCAGGGCUUUCACCGCGGCUCUGGAUCCCGGGCGGCGGCGGGACGCUCUCCGGUUCUGCUGUAACAUGCUCCGGGCCGGACCGGGGCUGCAGGUCGGCCUGUGUGAGCUCGGCUGCUCCGCUGUGCUUCUCCCAUUUCUCUUCUAGGACUCCAGAUUAUUUCCAGGUCAGAAUCUCCGUUUCCUGUGCGGCUUGUUUGGACUAAAAAUGGCCGGAGAUGGCGGCGCUCUGAAGGAUAUCAAUGAGAUUAAGUCCCAGUUCCGGACCCGGGAGGGAUUCUACAAGCUGCUCACCCUCUCCGACUCGCAGCAGCGGGGCGGGCUGCCGCGGGGGCCGUCCGCCGGGGCGACGCUGGGGCCCGGGGCCGGCCCCGGCGCGAUACCCGGCGGAGGGGUCGGGCUGCUGCAGGGGCCCGGGGCCGCCGCUGCCGCCGCCGCCGCCGUUGCCGCGUCUUCCUCCUCCAAUGCCGCAGCCAACUCCUCCCCGGCGGGCUUCCUGCCGCCGGUCCGGGUCUCCAUGGUCAAGCUCCAGCCCGAAGACCCGAGCGAGGAGUCGGAGCGGGUGUGUUUCAACAUCGGCCGGGAGCUUUAUUUCUACACCUACACCAACAUUAAGAAGGCGGUGGACCUCAGUAAACCAAUAGACAAAAGGAUCUACAAGGGGACGCAGCCCACGUGUCACGACUUCAACCAGUACUCGGCCACGGCGGAGAGCGUGGCUCUGAUCGUGGGUUUCUCUGCCGGGCAGGUCCAGUACCUGGACCCCAUCAAGAAGGAGACCAGUAAACUCUUCAACGAGGAGAGGUUGAUAGACAAAUCCAAGGUCACGUGUCUAAAAUGGCUGCCCAAGUCGGAGAACCUGUUCUUGGCCUCCCACGCCAGCGGUCACCUCUACCUCUACAACGUGGACCACCCCUGUGGCACCACCCCCCCACAGUACUCUCUGCUGAGGCAGGGGGAGGGCUUCGCCGUGUACGCCUGCAAAACCAAGACGCCGCGUAACCCCCUGCUGAGGUGGGCCGUCGGCGAGGGGGGGCUCAACGAGUUCGCGUUCUCCCCGGACGGCGUCCACGUGGCGUGCGUGGGCCAGGACGGCUGCCUGCGCGUCUUCCACUUCGACUCCAUGGAGCUGCAGGGCGUCAUGAAGAGCUACUUCGGCGGAUUACUGUGCGUGUCGUGGAGCCCCGACGGGAAGUACCUCGCCACGGGGGGAGAGGACGACCUGGUCACCGUCUGGUCAUUCGCAGAGAGUCGCGUCGUGGCGAGGGGUCACGGCCACAAAUCCUGGGUCAACGUGGUGGCGUUCGACCCCUUCACGACCUCCCUGGAAGACGAUGAGCCCAUGGAGCUCAGCGGCAGCGAGGAGGACCUCCACCAGGGGGCGCCCAAUAACUCCAUGCACUUCGGCCGGGUACGAACAAGCAGCACGUUGUCACGUCUUUCCCGGCACAGCUCUAAAGGGGGGGGGUCGGCGUCAGUCACGUACCGCUUUGGUUCGGUCGGACAGGAUACGCAGUUCUGUCUGUGGGACCUGACUGAUGACGUGUUGUACCCCCGCCUGCCGCUGUCCCGCGCCUUCACUAACACUUUCGGACCCUCACUAUCCAACUCGGGCAGCGGGGUGGUCAACAGCACGUCAGGAGGGGGGGGUAGUGGAGGGGUGGAGGGCCAUCAUCAUCCUCCCAACACUAACACCGGCACCUCCAACCCCCCAACGCUCCCCUUGCCUCUUCCUCGCUCCCUUUCCCGUUCCAACUCCCUGCCCCACCCCGCCGUUGCCAACGCUUCCAAGGGCCAGGGCGCCUCAGAGGGCAGCGGCGGCGGAGGAGGAGGGGGCGGGACUAGCGGCGGAGGGAACAGCACCCCGUUCAGCAUCGGCCGCUUCGCCACGCUGUCCCUCCAGGAGCGAAAGUCCGACAAGUCCGGCAGCGGCGGCGUGGAGAAGGAGCACAAACGGUACCACAGCCUCGGAAACAUCAGCAAGAGCAACGACAAGAUCAACGUGGCGCCAAGGAGCAACCGACUGGACGCCGCCAAGGUCCUGGGCACCACGCUGUGCCCCCGCAUGCACGAGGUCCCCAUGCUGGAGCCGCUGGUCUGCAAGAAGAUCGCACACGAGAGGCUGACGGUGCUGGUGUUCAUGGACGACUGCAUCAUCACGGCCUGCCAAGAAGGACUGAUCUGCACCUGGGCCCGACCGGGGAAGGCGAACUUGACAGCACAGAACGGAAACUCUCCGAGCGGCACGGUGGUAUAGCUGAAGGAGAAGCUUUGCACUCGUCCCUUCCUCCAUCUCGUCCUCCCUCCUCCUCCUUCUCCGUCUUCUCGUCUCCGUGGGACGCCUUCUCCACGGAUCGUCCAAAAGGUCAAAUCAGGGGCCAACUAUAAGAGACCAUACCCUACCUACCUACCUACCUACGUACCUACCUACGUACCUACCUAGCGACCGUUGCAGUAUUAUAACGCCAGUAUUAACUCUUCGCCUGCACUGAUUUCACUCACAGUGGACGGUUUGGUUGGAAACUCUCAUCCACAUGUCAAAACCACGACAAAACAGAUGCAAACACACCAUAACAUCAUCUAGUCAGGCUUCAAUUCACUGUAGCAACAUGAUGACAGGGACGAAAAACACAUAGCCAAAAGUAUGUGGACAGCUCGGUAAUGAGAUCUCACUGCAAAAAUGUGCAUUUCAAUCCAUUUUUCUUCCACUUUGAAGCAAUUUUUGUGUGUUUUUUUGUUUUUUUUUUAUUUCUACGUGCCAUUUCUCAUGUUAAUCAAAGCCAAGUACAGAAACAUUGCUUGUUGCACCAGGUAAAAUAAGUUAAAACACUAAACAGUUUGUUGAAAUUAGCAAUUUGAACACUUCAGUUUCAGUAUCAGUGUUUGGUUGCGCCACAGAGACGUGAGAUUCAUCUUAUCGACGCCAACAUGAAGUCCAAACCAACCAAAAUAAUGUAAAAAUUCAUGAGGUCGGCCACAGUAAAAGCUAAUAUUCUAAUAUAGUGUUUAGAAAUUGUAGACCACCCCUUGUUUUCUUCCGUUUCUUGUUCAUUUUAAUGUCUGGUCCAACUAAAGGUACAUUUGUUUGGACAAAUAU